AUGAAAGCAACUUCAGAUUUGAAAAAGUUGAUUGUCUAUGGAGAUUACCUUAGCUAACCAUUCAGAGCAGUGAUGGCCUUUAUCUUGAUGAAUAAGAUUCCAUGCGAAGAGAAGAUAUUUAGAAUAAUGACCAAAGAGCACCAAAAUUCUGAUUACUUUAAGAUAUCUCCUUAAGGGAAAGUACCAGCAAUAACAGAUGGUGAGGUAGCAUUAUUCGAAAGUCAUGCAAUUUUAAGAUAUCUUAAAACUACUAGAAGUACUCCUGAUCACUGGUAUCCAGACAGUGAUUUUCAGAGAAGAGCUAAGAUUGAUGAGUACUUAGACUGGCAACAUAGUGGUUUGAGAGAAACUAGCUUGAAAUAUUUGAUUCAAAGACUAGCUGCCCCAACUGCAGAAGUCAAACUUUCAGAUAGCAAUCUUAUAGAUCUCAAGAAAUCUUUAAAGCUUAUAGAUAGUUAUUGGCUUAAGGAUGAAAAGCAGUAGUACUUAGUCGGUAAUCAAAUAUCUAUAGCUGAUCUCAGCUGUGUCUGUCAUUUAACUCAAUUGAAAUUAGUUCCAGAAGAUAUUCUUAAUGAUUUUCCUAAGAUUAAAAAUUAUUAGGAUAGUCUUAUGUAAAUUCCAGAAAUUUUAAAAGUACAUGAACUUAUGAUAAAACUAGAAAAGACUCAAAAGGCUAAAUUUGAAAAACAUAUUAAAGAUGCUCUGCAAAAAGGGAAAAUUUGA